AUGGUAUUGUCAGGUAUGCCCGGUGUAAGAUGGAUUCACGAUGACAUAACCAUCUACGGUCGCACGGUACGAGAGCACAACGAGCGUCUUGCCGCAUGCCUUCACCGACUGCAGCAAUAAACAUUACCCUCAACAAGUCAAAGUGCAUUUUUGGGGUCGACAAAGUCACUUUCAUGGCCAUGCAGCUAUCCUCCAAGGGCAUCCAACUUUCUCAACAGAAAGUUGACGCAAUUAAGUACUUUAAAACCCCAGCAACGUAUCCGAAGUGAAGAGCUUUCUCGGUCUCAUCAACUUUCUCGCUCGAUUCACGCCCAACCUUGCCACGGAAGCAGAACCCCUCUGACGCCUCACACGCUCAGGUAAUAAUUAAGUGGAUCUGGGGACCAGAUCAGCAGAAAUCCUUCCAAGGCCUGAAGAUCUAGAACAGCAUCUCGCGGGCCUCAUGCCUUGUCUUCUUCGACAAAGAUCGUAAAACUGAGCUUCGAGUAGACGCCUCGCCUGUGGUACUGGGAGCCCUUCUGUGUCAAAUCCAGGGAGAUGGAACUUCGCGACAGUUGCCUACGCUAGCCGGUUGCUAAGCGAUGUCGAGCGACGCUACAGCCAGAUCGAAAGAGAAGCACGCGCCGUCAAAUUCGGCUGUUUGAAGUUCGACCACUAUCUCAGCGGUGACCCAGAUUUCACCAUCAUAACCGACCACAAGCCACUGCUUGGUCUCUACAAGCCCGGGUCCCAACCUCCUCCACGCAUCGAUCGUUGGGCCAAGCGCAUUCAACAUCUCAAUUUUCGACUUCGUUACGAACCGGGUCCGACUCCACCCCGAGCUCACGUCAAUCCCAGCGAACACGCGGAUACCAAAAUGAUUAAUGCCAUCACCACAGCGUCACUGCCACGAGCCUGCACCAUCGAACAAGUAAAAGAAGCCACAGCGAAGGACGCGAAGCUUCAAACAGUCCACAAGUCUCUCCAGUCAGGCACGUGGAACAAAGACCUUGGUCUCUUUUUUAGCCAUCGAAACGAAUUUUUCUUCUCUGACGGGGUCUUGCUUAGAAAUAACCGCAUAGUUAUCCCUCGGUCCCUACAACAAAGAGUUCUCGAGCUUGUUCACCAGGGGCACGAAGGCGUAGCCAAGACGAAAGCCCGUUUGCGUACUAAGGUAUGGUGGCCGGGAAAGUCAACGGAGGCGGAAACAUUCGUAAAACGGUGCCAGCCUUGUCUUGUAGCGACUGAGGCAACAAAACCUAGUUUCACCCCACUGAAACCCACCACCCUCCCAAAAGCAGCCUGGUUAUUGAUAGGGAUGGAUUUCGUAGGCCCAUUUCCCACCGGCGAAAACCUGUUGGUGCUAGUCGACUAUUAUAGUCGAUAUCCUGAAGUAGAAAUCAUGAAGCAUAUCACGACUGCCGCCAUGGAACCGCGCCUUCGUCGAAUUUUUGCCCGCUACGGAAUACCCCAGGAAAUUCUCACGGACAAUACCAAAACUUUCCGGUCAUCCAGGUUCUCUAACCUUAUGAGAGAAUUUGGUAUCAAGCACAAAAAAAAUAACUCCCCGGUAUCCACGUGCGAAUGGCGAAGCAGAACGGCUCAACCGCAGUAUCAACAAAGUGGUAGGAACUAGAUUCUGUUCCGAAAUAUCAGUUAGUCCGGUAAAACUCUGGGUCCGAAAUAUCACUUGUUAGUCCGGUAAAACUCUCAAAAAGGAAAGUUUAUAAAUUCACAUAUCCAGGUAAAACAACUAUAGAAAUAACUAAUGAGCUUGCCAAAAUUAAUAUUAAACCGGACCCGUCUCAUGUUGUUAUUCACGCAGGGACAAAUGAUGUCCCUGUUGAAUCUAUAGACGAAUGUGUUGGUAACAUGGAAAAACUUAUUACAACAGCUAAACAGAAAUUCCCUAAUUCUAAAAUUGGAAUUUCUGGACUUACAUUGAGACAGGAUAGUAAUUUAAUAUCAAAAAUAGAAGAAAUUAAUGAGAAAGUUCAGAGUUUGUCAUCUAAGCAUGAUGUGACAUUUAUAAGUAAUAUGUCAAUAGAUGAGAUAUGUUUGAGCUCUAGUGGCCUGCAUCUAAAUGCAAAGGGGACUGCCAUACUAGCUACACAUUUUAUUAAGUUCCUUAGGGAUGGACAAUCCUUAAGUUCACUGCGCCCACAAAAACAUUCCCGUCAGGAUUUUCCAAAGAACACAAUAAACCAUCUGGCAGAACUACUAAAUGCGAUAAUGAACUUGAACAAGUAAAUUGUCAAGAUGUGCCAAGCAAUUCUUUAUUAGGCAUAGAUAGUGAAAUUAACAUAAUCGCCAAAAGCAAAGGUUUGAAGAUAGCCAACUUAAAUGUAAAUAGCUUAAUGAAACAUCUGGAUGAAAUUCGCUUAAUCCUUAACAAUAACGCCCUUGACAUUCUUGCAAUUAAUGAGUCCAAAAUUGAUAAUCUGAUUUCAAAUAAUGAGAUACAUAUUGAUGGUUUUAAUAUAAUUCGUAAAGAUCGAAAUAGGUUUGGUGGAGGUGUGAUUCUAUAUGUUCGCCAAAACAUAUCAUUCUCAGAUAGAAUAGAUCUAAUCCCUGACGAACUUGAGAUGGUCUGCAUUGAAUUAAGUUUACCCUACAAUAAAUCACUGCUAAUAAGCACAUGGUAUAGACCACCAAAUUCUCAAGCUUUUUAGCAAAAUGUGAUAAUGAAGAUAAGGAGCUAAUCCUCAUAGGAGAUCUAAAUUGUGAUGUCAAUAAAACUAUACCUGACCCUCACACAUGUAAGUUGCAAUUUUUAUGUUCUCUGUAUCAGAUAGACCAACUUAUUAAAGAAUCUACAAGGCUAACUCCUAAAUUAGCUACACUAAUUGAUUUAAUAUUAACAAAUAGACCAGAAAAUAUUUCCAGAUCAGGUGUCAUUCACCUGGGAAUUUCAGAUCACAGCCUUGUCUACGCUGUGAGAAAAUUUACACUACCGAAAGGAAGGCAAAAAAUUCGUCAGGUUCGUAACUUUAAAAAGUUUGUCGAAAAUGAUUUCAUUCGGGAUGUGUCUCAAUUGCCUUGGGAGAUGGUCUAUCAGUUUGGAGAUCCCAAUUUAUGUUGGCAAGUCUGGAAAUCACUAUUAUUAGAUGCACUUAAUAGACAUGUCCCUCUGCGCCACAAGCGAAUAAGGAAUAACCCUGUCCCAUGGAUUAAUCCUCAAAUUAAAGAACUUAUGAGAAAAAGGGACUAUCACAAAAAAAAAAGGCCAUAAAAUAUGAUUCGGAGUCACAGUGGGAAUUGUAUAAAACACUACGUAAUGAAGUAAAUAUAAACAUGCGGAAAGCAAAAUCUAAGUACUUUUGUGAUAAAAUCCAAGCAAGCUCUCAAAUGGGAGACAGUAAAAGCGGAUGGGCUUGGAUAAAUUCGCUCUUAGGAAGAAAGCAUAAGAAUGCAAAUAUUAAUGAACUGAAAGUAAAUGAUGAUAUUAUUUCUGAUGAUAAAUCUAUUACUGAAACAUUAAAUGAAUAUUUUAUAAAUAUUGGAAUGAAAAUGGCUGCUGGUUCCAAUCAUACUUAAGGAAUAGAAAGCAAGUGUGUUCUGUUAAUGAUCAAACUUCUUCUGCAAGAACAAUAAUAUGCGGAAUUCCGCAAGGAUCCAUACUUGGUCCAUUAUUGUUUUUGCUAUAUAUUAAUGAUAUGCCUGACAUUUUAGAAAGGACAACCCCAUGUCUUUAUACCGACGACACUCAGAUAUCUUCCUCUUCGCAUGAUUACGAUACAUUGAUUGACAAUUUGAAUAUGGACCUUUCCAGUGUUCAUAAAUGGCUUGCUAAAAACAAACUAAAAUAUCAUAGGAAAAAAACAAAAGUCAUGUUUAUUGGAUCUAAGCAUAAUCUAAAUAAUAAAAUAGGAAAUAGACCCGUUGAGAUUAACAAAAUCCCAGUCCCACAAACCAAUACAUUUCAAUGUCUAGGUGUAAAUCUAGAUGAAAAAUUAAGUUGGGAGAAACAUAUUGAUUCUGUAUGCCAUAAGAUUAGCGCUGGAAUAGGAGCAAUUAAAAGAAUAAAACCUUAUGUUCCACACAAAACCUUACAUGAUGUCUACAAAACAUUAAUUCAGCCUCAUUUUGAUUACUGUUCUCCCCUGUGGGAUAACUGUGGUUUGGGACUUCAAGACAAAUUGCAAAAAUUCCAAAAUCGAGCAGCAAGGGUGAUUACCGGAGCUGACUACGAUGUAAGAUCGUCUGAAGUCCUAAACAAAUUAGGCUGGGAAACCCUGGCUAGGAGACGAGAACAAAACAAGCUAGUAUUGAUGUAUAAAGUCUUGGGGAACCACACCGCGCCAAACCUUAAAGAUCUUUUUUCUCGGAGAAAUGCAUCGCAGAAUAUUUAUGAUUUACGCAAUAGCGAAACUGAUCUCUCGUUAAAAAAACCGAAAACGGAAUUUCUAAAGAAAACAUUUGGAUACAGUGGAGCACUUCUAUGGAGUAUUCUCCCGCAAGAUGUCAAGGCGGCUGAGUCAAUUAUGUCAUUUAAAACAAUGGCGAAAUUGCAUUUAAGCAGAUGAUAAGCUAAUUUCUCCAGGACCAAAUGAUGGGAGAACAAUAUAGAUUGUGGGCGGGAGGGGGGUUAGUUUUGCGUGAGGGUGGGUGGGUACUUGUUUAGGGGGUGGAGGUUUGGGAGGAAGAUGAUAAAAUUUUAGGAUGGGAUUCUUACAUAUUUUGUUCUAUAUAUAAUUAACAUUUUGCUCUUUGUGUGUAUACGCCCUUCGUGGAAACCAGUUGUAAAUAAUUGUCGAAGUUAGCGUAUUGAAAUAAAGUUUUCCAAAGGUCGUAGGUUCGAUUCCCACCGUGGCCGGGCAUAUUUUUCAAGCUCGCCCGGUGUGGAUAUGCACUCAGAGUAACAUCGCAAACAUUAUAUUCACCUGAGUACACAACACCAACGCGGAAAAAAAUCAUAUUACUAUAUUACAUUGGUAUCGAAGGAACUAGAUUCUCUUCCGAAAUAUCACUUACUCGAACCGUCAUGACCGCGUAGCUCAGUUGGCAGAGCAUUGGGCUAGUAUUCCAAAGGUCGUAAGUUCGAUUCACACCGUGGCCGGGCAUAUUUUUCAAGCUCGCCCGGUGUUGAUAUGCACUCUGAGUAACAUCGCAAACUUUAUAUUCACCUGAGUACACAACACCAACGCAGAAAAAAAAUCAUAUAUAUUACUAGAUUACAUUGGUUUCGAAGGAACUAGAUUCUGUUCCGAAAUAUCACUUACUCGAACGAACCGUCCUGACCGCGUAGCUCCGUUGGCUAGUAUUCCAAAGGUCGUAGGUUCAAUUCCCACCGUGGUCGGGCAUAUUUUUCGAGCUCGCCCGGUGUUUAUAAUGCUUGCGAUAAUAGAUAACUUUUCUUUACAUAGGAGAGUAUAGUCUCGUGUAAGCCGACGGUAGUUGGUCGUUAUGUGACGGUCGUUCUUCCAGGAGAAAAAAAAGCACUAACGUUGUGUGAAGUCGAAGUCUAUGGUACUAGUGUCUUAGGUAUGUGUAGAAAUCGCAUCAGCCAGUCAGUCUGUAUGAAGGAAAAAGUGUUUAAUGUUCCUCGUAUCUUAAACUUGCCUUUUUCAAAUAUUUCUCAAAAAUGUGUAAAAACAAUGGUAAAUUUGACCAUACAUUACGCCAUUAUGUAUGCAACAGCAAAGUAUAUAUAUAUGUUAUUUACCGGAUGGGAGGGCCGUACUGGAAUAAUAUUUCCCCGAGGCCUCAGAUGCGGACCGAGACGGAAGAUCGAGGGCCGUUUCUGAGGCCUCGGAAAAAUAUUUUUCAUAAAAAUAUUUUUAUAUAUUUUUCAUAUAUUUUUCGGAAAAAUUUUUUUCUUCUCGGAAAAAUAUUUUUCAUUUUUAAAAAUUUUAUUUUUAUUUUUUUUUAUUUAUUUAUAUUUUUUAGUAGGCAUAGAGUAUGGUCACUUAUACCGCAAUGCGAGACACCUGAACAACCGACCCUGUCUGGAUAGUUAGUGUAAAUUAGAUGGAUCAAGGUGGAAGUUGUUUUCGUAAUACGGGUAUGCCCAUUGAUUAACUGCUGAAGACCAUAUGUAUCGGUAAUGCUCGACAGCAGAUGGGUAUUGUUGUCAUACUGAGUACUAUCGUUAGCUAAAUUACAGUUAAAAUCACCCAUUAAAUAAAAUUCGACAUUUUCUGCAUCAAGUCGUCCGAUAAGAAACUCAAAAGAAGUAAACAACUCAAAAGGAGAAUUGGGUGGUCUAUACCAGUUGACAACAACAAAUGGUUUAGAUUGAGGUUUUCGUAUUUCAACAUAUAAAUUUUCCAAAUUUUUAAAUUUUAAAUCCUCACUUAUUGAAAAAUUAAUAGUGGUUCUAACAUAGAAACAAACACCUCCACCUUGUCGGUCUUUAUCUCGGCGAAGUAUUUCAUACCCAGGGAUAUGUAUUUCGCAAUCAUUAAUCGAAUUAUCAAGUUCGGUUUUGUUGAUUGAGAGGAUAUCUACUGGAUAAUUGACAAGCAGAAUUCUCAGUUCAUCUAUAUGUUUUAUCAAACUAGCUACACUGUAAAAACUGAUAGGUUAAAACAACCUAUUUCUAAAGGUUAUAACCAAUCACAGUUGAAAUCUCUAAGCCAAAAUCUAAACCAUUCUUAAUCAAUGCCUGGUAUAGACCACCAGAUACCAGAUCUGAAAAAUUUGAAAAUUUUGAAGAUUGUUUAAAGAAAAUGGACGCGGAAAAUAAAGAAAUCAUCCUUAUUGGAGAUUACAACUGUAAUUGGGACCCAAACCACAGUAACAGAAGUGCGCAAACCGGUAAACUAAAGGAUCUUGCGACCAGAUACCAAUUUGAGCAAUUAAUAAAAGGACACACUAGAAUUACAGAUAAUACCGCUACUUUGCUUGAUUUAGCCUUCACUAAUAAACCUGAAAAUAUUGUUGGAGCAGAAAUAGAACAUGUAGGAAUCAGCGACCAUAGUCUUAUUUAUAUACAAAGAAAAAUAUCUAUUUCCCGUAAACAACCAAAAAUAAUAAAUACAAGGAAAUAUAAGAAUUAUAAAGUGGAUGCAUUUAAAUAUGAUUUAAGUAGGGUACUAGAAACGCUAUCAAAUAGUGAAGAUCCAAAUGUUGUUUGGAAUGAUUGGAAGGAAAGGUUCUUAGCGGUUGCAGACAUGCACGCACCCCAGAUUACCCGUAAAGUCAAAAAUGAACAUAUACCCUGGAUUACGCCUAGAAUAAAAGAUAGAAUACAUAAUAGAGAUUUUCUAAAAAAACAGGCGGUAAAAUAUGGGUCUAAGUGUGCUCAUGAAGCCUACAAAAAAGCUAGAAAUGAAGUGGUUAAAAUAGUUAAAAAUGCGAAAGCAAAUUAUUACAUGCAGGCAUUUAGUAAUUGCGAGGCAAAUCCAAAGAAAAUGUGGAAAAAAGUUAAUGAAUUAACAAAUAGGAAUGUAAAAUCCACCAAUAUAAAUGAAAUUUCAGAUGACGGGAAUAUAGUAACUGAACCAGGAGAAAUUGCAAAUAUUUUCAAUAAUUUUUUUACAGACAUAGGACCCAAAUUAGCAAAAGAUCUUCCGGAACAUAACCAGAUACCAGAAUCGUAUGUAAAACCCUUAAACACCAUUUUCCGUUUUCAGUUGGUAACUGAAACAGAUGUUUCUAAACUAUUAUAUACUAUUAAAACAAAUAAAGCUACUGGACAUGACAGAAUCCCGGCUAAACUACUGAAAGAUUGUGCUGACGUAAUUGCUAAGUCGUUAUCAACAAUAUUCAAUAAGUCAAUAUUAUCGGGUAGUUUUCCAGAUGAUAUGAAAAUAGCAAUUGUUUCCCCUAUUUAUAAAUCGGAUUGCAAAAGUAAACCCACAAAUUAUAGACCUGUGUCUGUAUUGUCUGCGGUUGCUAAGAUUUUUGAAAAACUUAUAUCUCAUCAGCUUUCAAACUAUUUGGAAAGUAAUAAAAUAUUAGUAAACCAACAAUCAGGUUUCAGAAAGAAGCAUUCAACAGAAACUUCAUUACUAUCUGUUACGAAUGAAUGGUAUUUAAAUAUGAACAAAGGGUACCUAAAUGGAGUUGUUUUUCUUGACCUAAAGAAAGCAUUUGAUUGCGUAGACCACAGUAUCCUACUCAGAAAAUUAGAACUUUAUGGCAUAAAAGGGGUUGAACUAAAUUGGUUUAAAUCAUACUUGUCAAAUAGAAUCCAAAGGUGUAAGAUUGGACAAACUAUUUCAGAGCCGCAAAAAAUUCGUAGUGGAGUACCCCAGGGAUCUAACUUGGGUCCUCUGCUAUUCCUUCUUUAUAUUAACGACUUGCCAAAUUGUUUAAAAUAUACUAAAGCGAAUAUGUUUGCCGACGACACAAAUCUAACCACUGCAAGCUUAAAUAAAGAAGAACUACAACGGCGAUUAAAUUUCGACCUAGAGCUUAUGCACAACUGGUUGUUGGCCAAUAAAUUGACAUUAAAUAAAGAUAAAACAGAAUAUAUGCUAAUUGGUUCACACCAGAGAUUAUCGACUGUUGAAACUGACCCGAUCUUAGAAUUUGGGGAUACAAAAAUUAAGAGGGUUAAUCACGCAAAAUCAUUGGGCAUAAUUAUUGAUGAGCAACUACUUUGGAAAAAUCAAAUUGAAGCUAUUUCGGGCAAAGUAUCAAAAGGUAUAGGUAUGCUACGACGAAUAAAGAACUGUGUCCCAAAAACAACUUUGAUUAAGGUGUACAAUGCGCUAGUAUUACCAUAUUUUGACUAUUGCAGCCUUGUAUGGAGCAACUGUAGUGAUCAGCUGAUCAGUAAGUUGCAGAAAAUGCAAAACAGGGCAGCAAGGGUCAUAACUGGCAGAUCAUACGAGACACCUUCAAUUGAAGUUUUGAGGGAACUGGAUUGGAAACCCCUAAUUGAUCAUUGGGAAAAAAAUAGUUUAGUAUUCAUGUACAAAGCGAAGAGAAAUGAAUUACCAGAGAAUUUGAUGAACCUGUUUGAAAUUAAAAAUAACAUUAAUUAUAAUUUACGUAGCAACGGAAAUGAGUUUACUCUACAAAAGCCUAAAACAAAUUUUAUGAAAAAAAGCAUUAGCUAUAAUGGUGCUAAAACAUGGAAUAAUUUACCGAGAUGUGUAAAAACAAGUGAUGCCACAAUUAGGCAAUUUAAGGCUGCACUUGAUCGUAUUAAACAUUAAAUGUAAAUGUAACUAAGGCCAGUCAGUUUUGCAUGGUUUUAUAUCUUUUAUAACUAGUAAUAGGUGUUUAGUUAACGUGUGAUAUCUUUAUAACUUUAACAUUAUGUAAUUAUUAUGUAUUGCUUCCGUUUGUAAAUAUAGAUUAGUAUAGUGUGAACGGCUCCUUGGAAAUCAAUAACCUAGGUGUGUUGAAGGAUAACCGUUGUAAAAUAAGAUUUUUAAUAAUAAUAAUAAUAAUAAUUAAAAGUUGUUUUAACCAACUGAAUGGGUUAGAACCGAUUUAAAUUAGUUAAAAUAACCUAUUAUUAUCAGGUCAAGUUUUGCGACCAAUAAAAAUAGGUUAAUUUAACCAAUGUUUUUGGUUAAGGCAAAUUUACCGAUUGGUUAUUAUUCGAAAAUAGGUCAUUAUAACCAGUAUGAUUAGGGCGUUGAAAACCCUGAAUGCCGGAAUAUCACGGAAUAUGCCGGAAUGUCACGGAAUAUGGCGGAAUAUGACGGAAUAUCGCGACAUUUUCCCGCAAUAUACCUGGACAUCGCGAUAUUUUUCGAUAGUAGCCAUGCGACUGUUUAUAAACAUAGACGUCUGACAACAUAUUUUGAUUACAAAAGUGAUGGAUCUUUCCCAUUUUGACGGUAAGUAACAAACAAUAACUCUAUACUGGAAGUUUUAUAUGCUGUUUAUUAUUAUUAUUACUAGUGUUCACCAAAAAUUUUGAAUCAAUAUGAUUUUAAAAAUUUUCCUGAGUUACAGCAUGGAUAAUAAAAUGAAUGGAUAGGACUCUCGCUGACGUAAGCAAAAACAACCUAGUCACAGAAAAGAAAAUGGACCAGAAGCCUCACUCUAUAUCUUUUCCUAACAUUUUCGUGUCCGAGAUUUUCGCCUUGCGGAUUACGAAUUUCGCACGCUAGAUAACGUGUGUGACACUUGCUGCGAACACCACGUCAGCGUUCGUCAGCAAAACAGUUAAAACAGCAAUCUUUAUUACCUAGUGAUGGCGUUUGAUGGCGUCGUGAUUACACUUGCUGGCUCGCGCCUGCGCAUAAAAAAUCUCGUGAAGUGAGGCUUCUGGUUCAUUUUCUAUUCUGUGACCUAGUUGCAAUUUGUGACGUCACGCGUAUUGCAAAGUUCUCUACAUUUUUGUUGUUUCGCUAUAUUUUCCGCCUUAAAAUUGCAAUAUUGAAGCAUAAACCGGUCUAAUUGUUUUAAAAACAUGCCUAAGCCACGACAAAGUAUUCAAGGUAAAUGUUUUUCGUCUUUGUUUUGUAUUUUUUUUUCAUUUGUAGCUACGAAAUUGGCGUCCCCAUUUUAACGAAAUUUGGGAUGCCUUUUUCACUGUUUAGUGCUUGAAAUAUUUGCUAAAAUUGACUGGAAAUACUUAGAGAUCUCAUCGUAGAAUGGCGUAGUUAUAUUCAUUUGCUCUUUGAGUAAAAUGUUUAGCGUUUUUGAGAAUUUGGUUUGCAACUAGGUUUCAACAUCCAAUCACGCCAUCAGCCCAUUGAAAACAUUAGGUCACGUCAGCUAGUUUCCUGUUCAUUUAUUUUAUUAUCCAUAGUUACAGCGUCUUGAAAAAUUAAAGUGCUGACCGCCAGCACUAUUUUCGAACGCCUUCAAAAAUCAGAACUGUGUUAUACACAAAAUUUAGUUAAAAAUUCUUGGUUAAGGUUAAGACCAGAGACGCCGGAACGAUAAAAAGGCAAGAGGGGCAAACGGUACACCAAAGGGCACCUCUAUAGACCCCGGUGAAGAGUAUAAACCUACGAUACAAUUAUGUGUUGACUUGCAAAUGAAAGCAAACGCACAUUCAAGAUCACACCUCAUGAUUUUGCCCAAAAAGCAUCACUGAAAAGGUGAUUUAUCAGGUAGUAUUUUAUAACUCAAAGGGCACUUGCUACUCCUAGCAAAAGGCAAGAGUGGCAGCUGCCCCUCCUGCCCUCCCCCCAGUAAAUCUGUCUUUUCGUCCCGUGACUUCUUACCUGAUAUAAACAAGAAUUUAAACAUUUUGGCUUAAACUUGCCUUUAUUUUAGCAUUUGAUUUUUGGAUAAAUGCUUAGUGGAAUAAAAUUGACCAUUACAUAUGGCCACUAAGAAUUUAUCCAAAAUCAAAUGCUAAAAUAAAGACAAGUUUGAGCCAAAAUGUUUAAAUUCUUGUUUAUAUCAGGUAAGAAAUCUAGUCCCGUCUUAGCCUUAACCAAGAAUUUUUAACUAAAUUUUGUGUAUAACCAUAGUUAAUGGAAGAGAUGGUUUGGAAACUCAUUAGAAUAACAGUAUAACUCAUUAUCUAUGUUAGUGAACGUUUAUUCAUAAAUCUAGUCCUUCACCGUCACGUGCGUAUUGUAUUUUUGCCCAACUAACCAAUAGCAAUGUUUAGGAAAGUUGCCUGUCCGUGACUCGAACAAUAGGAUAAAUUGGAAAUUGCUAUUGGUGGAUUUGGCAAAAUUACAAUACACACGCGACGGUGAAGAAACAUAUUUAUGAAUAAACGUUGGUUAACAUCGAUAAUGAGUUAUAUUUUUAUUCUAAUGAGUUCUCAAACCAUAUAUUCUAUUAACUAUGGUAUAACCAUGGAUAAUAAAAUAAAUGGACAGGAAACUAGCUGACGUGGCCUACUGUUUUCAAUGGGCUGAUGGCGUGAUUGGAUGUUGAAACCUAGUUGCAAACCAAAUUCUCAAAAACGGCAUGUUUAGCAAUAAUACAGUUAAACAUUUUACUCAAAGAGCAAAUGAAUAUAACUACGCCAUUCUACGAUGAGAUCUCUAGGUAUUUCCAGUCAAUUUUAGCAAAUAUUUCAAGCACUAAACAGUGAAAAAGGCAUCCCAAAUUUCGUUACAAUUGGGGACGCCAAUUUCGCAACCUCGUCCCCAGGGCCUUUUGAGGAAAGAUGCGAAGGGCAGCUAAGGCCCUGGUAAAGGCUGGUGAAAUAAUCCACAAAUUGUGGAUUAUUUUGUCACGUGAUAUAUCGGAGCAAAUACUAUACAGGGGGGUGCGAUAGCGGAUCUCUUUAGCUACAAUAUAUUCGUCAAUAUUGCAUAAACACCGAAAUCGACAAAUAAAGAACAAAAAUCUAUUUUAAAAUGAAAAAAUCUGUUAAAGUUUUUCCAAAAACAUUGAAUAAAUUUGAAAUUGUCUUCAAAUUAGCUCUGAGAACCUUGGUUGAACUGUAAAGGAGAUCUAUUAAAUAGACAAAGCAACAGUGCAAAACGAAUGGAUCAAUAGAAGUAUUUAUACUAUGAAUUACUGUCGCAAGGAAAUUGCUGCCUCGAUUGUGAAGCAGAUAUGUAAAAUCACUUUAAUUUAAUAAUAUGGACUCUCAAUACACCAUAUCCAUGAUCAUCAAAACAUUUAAUAGUUAUUGUUGCUACAAUAGAUCUUUCUUGCAAAUGUCAAUAUCAUACAGUAUAUUUUAUAACAGUUAAAGGGAGUACAAGACCCAAUUAAAGAAUGUCUGAAAAACAAGGAAUGUCAACAUCGUAUGCACUUGGAAUUUAAAUGCUUAUGUUAGCCAUAUGCCCUGAGUAUAACCUGGUUGACCUCCAUGGUUAAUUAACAUUUCCUGAAUUUAAUUGAGUUGAAAUAUUUUAUUUGAUUUUCAUUCUUAUCCCAAGAACAUUGUGAACACACAUAUAGUGCUUUCCUCAUUAUACUGUUAACAAGCCCUUGUUUUUGUUUGUAAUCAAUUACACAAAUUACUUCCCAGAACAUUAUUUAAGGAGAUUAUUUGACAGUCAGCAGGUACAUUUUUUCCUGAGCCACAAUCGGGGCAAUUCAGUGUCACUCAUCACAACAGGCGCUCAAAAUCACUCACAACAUACAACAGGCAGUCCAGCAUCACUCACCACAAUUGACUGUUCAAUACUGUGUGCCUCAGUAGGCAAAUCAAUAAUCAAUAUUUUGCUCAGAUCGACAACAAAUAUCAAAAUUGAACUCAUUCUCAAAACAUGACACAAUAACAAGAGUCUCUUUAAUAUGGACAAAUACAAGACACCUGGUGUCAAAUGUAUCAAGUGACAAGAUUAUUCAUCUCUUUUAAUUUAAAUACAUUUUGCCGCCUUGUAAUAAAGUACUAUUUGUUGUUGGUGACCAUCAGUUGAGCAAUUUAAAACAUUUGCAGUGUAUGCUUUAUCAGACCUAAAGAUACUUGGCUUCACCUCGUAUCUUUAUACCUGAUAAAACUAUAGUACAUAAAAUAAUAACUAUGAUAUUUAGCCUGAAUAUUAUUAUAAAUGUAUGAAGGAUAUAAUAUAUACAUAUAUUCUUGAUGCUCAACAUUAUCCGAUAAUCAUUUAACAUGAAAUUAUUGACUGCUAUUGAGAAUUGUGUGAAUUCCUGAAUUACUUAUUGUUACAGACUGUACUGACCUCUUGCAAUUAAUUAUGGUUAUUAACCAAAAUCUGACAAUGUCCCUAGUUAACCCAUUGAGCCGCAAUGUGCCCCAGUGUGCCCUACUUACUGAAAUUGACUGAUUUGUGGUUUAUGGUUUUUUUUGUGGCAAUUCUUUGGGCAUCACAAGUGCUUUUGUAUAUCUUAAUACACUGUGGGAAUACAAGUAUUAGUAUUUAAAUGACACAAUAUGAUGUAAGUUACCUUUCAGGUAUAUAAUUUGUAUACAGCAUCAGUGGUGUAACUUAACUUUUUUGACCACUUGCCCUCAGGGCAAGUUGGACAUGAAAAUUGGUUGCCCUGAAUAAAAUCCACUUGCCAUCAGGCAAUGGGGUACCUAUGCGGGCCAGUAUAAAUUAGGGAGACAACAUAUCCACUCAUUGGACUAGUGGCAUUGGCUAUGUUACUGCCUCAGAUCUAGACUACCUCAGAUCUAGCUUUGGCUCACAUAUUAAACAAAAUUUGAAUCAAGUACACUUAUUUAAUGUAACACUAAUCACCAUUAUUUUUUUUUUAUUAGUUUUACAAUAAGAAAUUGAAGGCACAGACAACAGGACUAAUAAAGUCCCAAAUUAAGUCCUGCCAUAAAUUAAGUCCUGCCAUAUUUCGUUAUCAUAUCAUGAAUAAACAUUUAAUAACCAAAAAGAGAAUCAAUGCAUAAUAUAAUCAAACAAUUUAGAUGAAUUUGAUGCAGAUGAUUUGCCAGCUUGAACCAAUGUCGUCGAACAGCCUUUAUUCUAUCCGACAAUAAUAAUAUAAACUGAAAGCUGGCCAGCUUUUUGUGGCAAAGCAACUUGCCCGUUCGGGCAACCAAGAGGAAACUUUUACUUGCCCAUCAUGAUAUUCACUUGCCCCGGGCAAGUGUUAAGUUACACCUCUGAGCAUAGUAGUUGCCAUUUGGCAGCUGUUGGUCUGGUUGAAGUGCUCAGAUAAUUUGGGGAGACCCAUGGCAUGCUCUCUCAACAGUGAAGGUUCAAAAACACACAUGCCGGAGUGCUUAUAGAAUACCUUGCCAUUUUUCCGCAUUCAUUGACACAUAAAUAAGUACAAGAAUCACUUCAAAAUAGUUUAAAAGGUGGUCUUACACCCAAAAUCAAGGUCUCGGACCAUUUUUUUAAUUAUGCAUAAAUUGAAUCAUAAAUCAUGUUUGAAUGAUGUGGCGAAAAAAUUUUUGUGAUAGAAUGAAAAGAAAUAUAAAAAAAUUACGUUUUUUGAAGCCUAGGUAUGGUUUUUCGCCUUAGCAACGCCCUUAGCAACGGAAAAAUAUAUACAACAAACUGUUUUAUUUUCCUUUUCCUUUCUACCUGUCCCUCCCCUGGACAGUAUGUUUUUGUCUAUUGAGUAAUAAAGCCGCUGACUAUAAAGUACUGCUGCUUUACACACGUUUUCAAAACGUUUUCAUCGGGAUAUUUUGAAAAGUGAAUUUACAGAAAUUGCUUAUUCUUUGCUGUUUUAUAUUGGAUUUGUCGAUCGAUUUACUGUUAUAAGUAUGCCACGAUCUGCUUCAAAAUCUCGUAAACGAAAAUAUCAAGGUAAUCAGUGGUCACAGGGUAAAAAGACCAAGUGUGGCGAUAGUGAUUUAACCAGCACAGACCAAGGUUCGACUUCAACAAGUCAUGCUAGUGCCUCGGCAAGGAAGUUGAGUAACCGUCUAAAACCUACAGCUAAAGCUAAUACAAAGGUAGAUGGAUAUCGUAUCUUUAGUCUUGAAAUACUUUCUAACGUGUUGAAACAAGUUGCUUGUCAAAACUGUAACGAAAGUUGUUUGUAUUUGGAAGAAGAUAAUAAAAGAAGGCAAGGGUGCUCAUCAUAUCUUAGUAUUGUCUGCUCUAGUUGUGAUUGGAAGCACUGUUUCUAUACUUCAAAAAAACUAAAUAAAGGUUUUGAAGUUAAUAAAAGGCUUGUCUAUGGCAUGAGAUUAAUAGGACAAGGAAGAGCUUCUGCCAAACGUUUCUGUGGGAUAAUGAAUAUGCCUUCUCCACCUAAAGCAAAUGCCUACUCUAAGAACAACAAAGCCAUUCUGAAAGCAGUUAAAACUGUUGCUGAGGAGAGCAUGAUGGAUGCCAGUGAUGAAAUCCAUGCACUAAAAGGAAGCAAUGAUGCUGGAAUCUCUCAAUGUGGAGUUUCUUGUGAUGGAACGUGGCAGAGAAGAGGGCAUUCAUCAAUGAAUGGCUGUGUGACGACACUCUCGAUUGACACCGGCAAGUGCCUUGAUGUCGCAGUAUUAAGUAAAGUGUGCCAAGGGUGUCAAAGACACAAGAACAGUGAUGAUCCCAAGGAAAAAUUAGUUUGGGAAGCUGAGCACAAGGAUAAAUGCAAAGCCAAUUAUUCUGGUUCUUCUGCUUCAAUGGAAACCGUGGGAGUUAGGAAAAUAUUUGGCCGCAGUCAAGAAAAGUACAAACUACAGUAUACGGAAUAUUUCGGCGAUGGGGACAGCAAAGGUUUCAGUGAGGUUCAGGACAUAUACAGCAAAGAGAAUGUUCAAGUGGUGAAAAAAGAAUGUGUUGGGCAUGUCCAAAAGCGGGUAGGAACUGCCCUUCGAAAACUUAAGAAGGAGAAUAAGGGACUAGGAGGGAAAGGAAAGUUGACAGAUGCUUUGAUUGAUCGGCUUCAAAAUUACUAUGGCAUUGCAAUUCGAAGCAAUGUUGGUAAUCUGGAGGCAAUGAAAAAAGCUAUUCAAGCUAGCCUAAUGCAUUGCAUAGCCUCAAAGAAAAGAAAUCUGCAUAUGCUUUGUCCUGCUGGUGCUGAUAGCUGGUGUCGCUUUCAACAAGAUCGGGCCAAAGGAACAGCUUUGUACAAACCAGGGCCAGGGUUGCCAGAUGAAAUAAUUAGUUUGGUUAGACCCAUUUAUGAGAGGCUAAGUAAUGAUGCUUUACUUGAAAGGUGCUUAGAUGGAAAAACUCAAAACCAGAAUGAGUCAUUGAAUGGAAUGAUUUGGAAUCGCCUUCCGAAAGAAGUGUUCAUCGGAUCGGAGGUGUUGAAGCUUGGUGUUUAUGAUGCUGUGGCCCACUUUAACAUUGGCUCCCAAGCUGCUCUUAAUGUACUAGAGCUUCUAGGGAUUGAUCCUGGAACGUUUUGUGUUGCUGAAUUAGAGCAACAAGAUCACGAGCGUGUGGAUAAAGCAGAGUUCAAGGCACAGGAAGAAAACAAAAAGAAAAGAAAAAUCAGGCGAGCACAAAAGAAGAAGAAUGCGGACAAAUGUUCCCAGAAAGAGGGUGUAACUUAUGCUGCUGGUGGAUUUUAA